UGACAUGAAUGAGUCGCUUACCAAACGCUUAUGUUAAGUCGUAUUUACUUCCCCUUCCGUUGAAUAGCAGUGUGUAAAGUGAUAGUAAGAUUUUGUCCUACAUUUUAUGCAAUUGAACAUCUGAAGCCAGAAUUACCUGAAAAGGUUUAAGUUCUACUCACCUGCUCCCACACUAGAAGAUGUUUCUCUGGGAUUGGUUUUCAGGAGUUCUUGGAUAUCUUGGCUUAUGGAAAAAGAGUGGCAAGUUAUUAUUUUUAGGCCUUGACAAUGCUGGUAAAACAACCUUGCUUCACAUGCUGAAGGAUGACCGCAUGGCACAGCAUGUGCCGACUCUACAUCCAACGUCUGAGGAGCUCAGCAUUGGUCAGAUAAAGUUCACCACAUUUGACUUGGGUGGGCACGAGCAGGCCCGCCGUGUGUGGCGCGACUACUUCCCUGCUGUGGACGGCGUUGUGUUCCUCAUAGAUGCUGCUGAUAGAAAGAGAUUUGACGAGUGCAAGGUUGAAUUAGACUCGCUGUUGACGGACGAGCAGCUGAGUAACGUGCCUGUGGUGAUGCUAGGUAACAAAAUUGACAAGGCAGGUGCCGCGUCUGAGGACGAACUGCGUCACUACUUCGGGCUCUUCGGCCAGACCACCGGCAAGAGCAAGAUCCCCAGGAGUGAGCUCCCCGGCCGCCCCCUCGAGCUCUUCAUGUGUUCCGUGCUCAAGCGACAAGGAUAUGGUGAAGGCUUUAGGUGGAUCGCCAACUACAUUGACUGAAGCUGCGCUCGUGUCUUAUUAGUUCAGUGUAAUGAGGCGAGAUUUGACGUGUCAAGAUUUGUGCUCUCAACCCAUGAUAAACUCAGUGUAUAUGGGGCUUCUUGUGAUGUACGCUCACGUUGUGUUCUUUACUCCUUCGAAAAUGAAUCAUUGCCCGGUAUUCUUUCACUUUCGUCAAGUUUUGAUGGAGGUGUUUGAUACUAACUGAAUGUCUUCGUGUGGUAGGAGCUCUUCCAUGUUAUAUUUAUUUUCCUUGUCAAAGUUUAUAAACAAUUUCUUAAGUUGCAAUGUUGCUUGCGAAGCCAAAUUUAAAGGGAUUGUUUUCCUGCUAAUAAAAUUUUGCAUUUUAUCAACAGAUAGCUGAUUUUCUGCUUUAAAUUACGAAUGUAGGGCCGUGAUGAUAUCAGCAUUUAUUUUACUUGCUGUAUAGUUUGUUUACGUUGCCUGCAGCGGUUGAAUGAGACGAUAGGCAAAGCGUCAGUUGGGAGUUGAUACUCAAUAACUCUUGGCUAAUUCCUUUAUCAGAUAAUAAACAUUUAUGUGUGUCGCAUCUGCAAAUAACGCUCGGUAACAUUCAAAUUGUUAUUUUAAAACUGCUAGUAUCUGUUUUGCAUGGGUUAUCUCUUCUUCAUAAUGAAUAUUUUUUCAUGGCUGUACCUUUAUAGCGCAGUUAUUUUAUGUUUAUGGAUGCAUGGCCUUUCUGUCGGUGGUGCAUGCUUCAGUACAUCUUUAUAUUGUAAUGCUGCAUUUGUUCCAGUAUUGGUUACAUUGCAUUGCCUAGAUGCACUGCACUCAUCAAUUAGGCCUUUUAAGUAGCAGCUAUUCAAGUUAGUCUCAAAAUUUGUUGUACGGUAUCCUGACAACUAUUGAAUCCUCUAGAUUAAUUUGAUAUGAUAAUAUUGAUACUUUGUUUAUGACGCGUUCAGUCAUUGGCCGACAACACCUUCCUAUCUUGAAAAAUUAGUAAAAUCAUCCUUUCA